AAAAGCCAUUCUGCCCUCUGCUCCCCUUGAUUCGUAUCCAUUUUGCCUGUAAGUUUGCAUUUACCCCUCCUUGGGCCUUGGGGAUACGCCACCUGCAAUGUGGACGUACGGUCAGAUGCGCGAUGAUUACGCCGGUGAUCGGCCAUGAAGGGUGUAAGGAUAGAUAGAAUACUCCAGGCCAGUCUGAACUAUCUCGCAAUCAAUAUAAAUACCAUUCUUUUUCGCCUCCUUUUUCCCCAGUCUCAGUGUUGGCAUCAUCGAUUAGCUUUGCCUCCCCUCUGGGCUGUGACUGGCUGGGACCUCCAAUCCAGUCGGACUGACUUCAUCGCCCAGUCCAACUCCUCAACUGAUCUCCAUUCCUGGCCCACUUGUUCUGCUCUUCUUCUACCCGACCAGCCGCCGUUCCAGGUUUCGCCGGUCUUUCGUCGCCCAGACUUGUUGGCCCGCUCGCUGGGCUCUGAGGUCACUGUUCCCCGCCGUGUGUUUCUUCUCCCACUUCAGCUUCACCGACGACACCGUCAGCUCGUUCUGGAGGGCUGCCCUCUGUCUUUUUUUUUCGACUCUUUUGUUUUGAGUACGACUGCUGUCUGUCCGAUUGUCGAUCUUGUGUUUAUUGUUUCAAUCGGGAUCUGUUGACGUUGGUUUUGUUUCUUUUUCUUUAUUCUCAUUCCACAGAGCGACUCUUUUUGGGCAGCGCUUUUUUUUCACCCUGCCUCUAGCGAUUUUAAUUCUCUUACCGUCCGAUUAAUUCCAACUUUUUUCGCUUCUAUCUUCACGAUGCCUUCUCUCG